GCCGCGGCGGCUGCGCGUUGAGUAGCUUCCUGCCGUACCACCUGAGCUUCUUCGCAGUUGCGGGGCUGGCGCUUUGGAGCCGGUGGCGGUUGACGGUGUGUGCCGGUCCCCGCCGGUCCCCGCAGGCGGCAUGCUGGUCCUCGGUUCACGGAGUACAAGGACAAUGCUGAAAGAAAUAACAAGACUUGCCUCCAUGGUCCAAAAGGUGGGACCUGGACGUAUUUUGCACAUGGGGACCCAGGCACCGCAAAGCAUUGCUGCUCACCUAGAUAACCAGGUUCCAGUUGAGAGUCCUAGAGUGGUUUCCUGCACCAAUGAGAGUGAUCCGGCCAAGCAUGGGGAGCAGCACGUGGGUCAGCAUUACCGCGUUCCUCUCCAGGACGUGAAGACUGUGUUUCCCCAUGGUCUGCCGCCUCGCUUUGUGAAGCAGGUGAAGACAUUCGGUGAAGCUUGCCUGAUGGUAAGGAAACCAGCUCUGGAGCUUCUGCAUUACCUGAAAAACACCAAUUUUGCUCACCCCGCUGUGCGAUAUCUUCUGUAUGGAGAGAAGGGAACAGGAAAAACCCUCAGUCUUUGCCAUGUUAUUCAUUUCUGUGCAAAACAAGACUGGCUGAUAGUGCAUAUUCCAGAUGCUCAUCUUUGGGUGAAAAAUUGCCCAGAUCUUUUGCAGUCCACCUACAACAGACAGCGCUUCGAUCAGCCUUUAGAGGCUUCAACUUGGCUGAAGAAUUUCAAAACUACAAAUGAACGUUUCCUGAGCCAGAUAAAAGUUCAAGAGAAGUAUCUCUGGAAUAAGAGAGAAAGCAUCGAGAAAGGCAGUCCUCUGGGAGAAGUGGUUGAACAGGGCAUCGCGCGUGUGAGGAACGCCACGGAUGCGGUCGGGAUUGUGCUGAAAGAGCUGCGGCGGCAGAGCUCGCUGGGCCUCUUUCCCCUCCUGGUAGCAGUGGACGGCGUCAAUGCUCUCUGGGGCAGGACCACACUGACAAAGGAAGAGAAAAGCCCGGUUGCCCCAGAAGAACUGGCCCUUAUUCACAACCUGCGGAAAAUGAUGAAAAAUGACUGGCAUGGAGGUGCCAUUGUGUCGACUCUGAGCCAGACUGGGUCUCUCUUUAAGCCCCGGAAUGCCUAUCUGCCCCAGGAGUUGCUGGGAAAGGAAGGAUUUGACGCCUUGGACCCCUUUGUUCCCAUCUUGGUUUCCAACUAUAACCCAAAGGAAUUUGAAAGUUGCAUUCAGUAUUAUUUGGAGAACAGUUGGCUUCAACAUGAGAAAGCUCACACGGAGGACGGGAAGAAGGAGCUGCUGUUCCUAAGCAGCGCAAACCCUGGGCAGCUGGAGCGGCUGUGUGCCUACCUCUGAGCCCGGUCACAGCGCGCCGGGACGACGGCCGGCCCACGGCACGGAGGGGCUGGACACGAUUGCCGCUGGCCCCAGACCUCCCUGGAAGUGGGCUUGGAAGUGACUGUGAAUACGUGGCAAUAAAACAAACGUCGGAUUAUUGACUGGUUUUCACACUUGAGAUAAUCAUGAAUCUUGUCCUAAAGAAAUUAAAGACAUUAAAUAUCUUC